CGCGAAGCGUGUCUGGCGGCGCUGUGCACAGACCCUGUUCCGCGCGUUCCGCGCGAGCGACGCGAGUGGACGUGUGUAGACGCGGCCUGGCUUGGCCCGGCCGGCGCGUCGGCGGCUGGAGUUGCUUCGACAGUUCGACCCCCACGGGUUGCGCCUCGUCGCGACAGCCGACGUCAACGAGGCCCGCGGUGUCGACGACUCCAAGUCCGGUGCGUGUCGCCGCGGCACGGCAGAGCGGCAAUACAGCCCGGGCCUGAGGACCUCUCCGCGACCGGCAGAAAAAGUGGCCAUUGGCAGCGGCCCGGCUUCGCUGUGCUUCGCUGCUGUUGGUUUUCGUUCCGCUCGUGCUGCUUGAAUGCCCAAGUGGCAGGUGCAUCGUUGCGACAUGUUGUCCGCGGCGCGGCGAGGCGCUGCACGCCGCGGCCGCCGGAAACUACCAGUGCAGUGUCCCAGCCGUCCCAGUCGUCUCGGAGCAGCAAAGAUGACGGCCCCGAGCAGUGGCAGCAGCAGCGCCAGCAGGAGGAGGAGGUAGACGACGGGGAGGACGGCGAGGACGGCGAGGACGUCGAGGAGGAGCCCGCGAGCGACGACGCGACCCCGGACGCGACCCCCGACCCCGGCGCCAUGCCGAGCGACGCCCUCGGCGGCCUGGGGCUGGCCCCGGCGUCGGGCAACGUCCUCAGGUCGAGGCGGAAAAUGAGCACGCCGGCGGCGCUGCUGGGCGACCACCACGCCCACAUGGCGCAGAUGGCGGCCAUGAUGCCCCGGAGGAGGUUCAGCAACGUGAGCGACGUGGUCUCCAGGAAGCUGUCCAGCACCAUCGGCUGGAGGACGGCGCCGGCGCACUCCAAGAUAGUGGAGAUCGUGUCGCAGGGCAAGGCGCUGUGCGGCCAGUACAUCCGGUCGCGGCUCAAGCGGGCCGGCCUGUUCGACCGGAAAUGCGGGCUGCAGCGACUCCGGUCGGCGGCGACCCUCAACGCGCCGCAGGGCCUGGCCGGUGCGGACUCCCUGCUCUCCAUGCACUCCCUGCGCGAGGUCUUCUCGGAGCUCAACUUGGUGGGCCUGGAGCUGGAGCGGCGCCACCCCAAGGUGUACACCGGCGUGGCCCGCCAGGCCGCCCCGGGGCCCAUCGUGUCGGACAAGGCGGCCGCCACCGCCCUCACGGCCGUGGGAAGGGACCUGCUGAAGCACGACGUGACGUGGGGCAAGGUGGUGGCCCUGUACGCCGUGGCGGGCGCCCUGGCCGUGGACUGCGUCCGGCAGGGGCACCCCGAGUACCUCCACGCUCUGGUGGCGGCCGUCGGCCAGCUGCUGGAGGACGACCUGGCGCCCUGGAUCGCCGACAACGGAGGAUGGGUCGCUCUGGUGCAGCACUGCACGCGCGGCAUCGCUGACGGCGAGGUGUCGGUGGCCGUGGUGGCCGCCCUCAUCUGUGCCGUCAUGGCGGCCGUGCUCGGGGCGGUGCUCAUGCUGCGGGGCCUCGGCAAGUUCGCCCUCAUCUAGGACCGGACAGUGGCGGCGUUGGCCUGGCCACGCUCUUCAGAACUCAAGGGCUCGGACUUGUGAAUGAAUCGGAUCGGACAGAGCCACCGGAUCCGGAACCGUGUGGGGCUGAGGCUGUGUGUGACAGACCAGCCGAGCCCUCAGCGGCUGUGGGCUGCGGCGCGUUGACUAGGCCAUUCAUUUUGAGAUAAGUGGGGGCCAUCCAAGAUGCGGGUCAACCACGCCGCGACCAAGCCAACGAGACAACUUCCUACGAAGCGACACCUGAAUCUCUUCAGUUCCCAAGCAUAGGAACUCACCCUAAGUUAGUAGAAAGACUUGUGAUAAAUGUGCCAAAUAUAGCUAGAUUCAUUUUAGUGACAUUAACUGGUAAAGCAGCAAUGUGUUGAAUAGGUCGCCAGAAAAGAAGAGAAGAUUCACAGGGGAGAACAUUUACUUGUCUCUGACACUUCAUUGGACACAUUGGAUCAAAUAAUAAAACUUGAUUUCAAACAAUUA